AUGGAAGCAGGAAGGAAAGGACUUCGUUUUCGCCGCUUUCGAAAUGCCCAGGUACGAGAGGGAAGUUCAUUUGCAUGAGCACGUCUUCUUCCGCUGCCGAGAAACAGAUAAGAGGGGCAUCCCUGCUGUAGCAGAGACCAUUUCACAGCAAGAGGAGCAGCUUGGAAGGCUAGAAAUCCUCCUUUCUGGAAAGAGACCGGCGUGACUUCCUUGGACAGGUAAAACUUCUGCAUUGCUUUGCAGGGAGGUCGUCUUGAGGAAUAUGUCUGGCUUGCAAGGCUGAGUCUGUGAUUAGCUGCAUUAAAUGUCAGCCAAGAGGUUCUGCAAGGAUUAAACGGACCCCCAGGCAGAUAUCUGGCUGAGGGUUCCAUGUGAAAAUGGGAUGGUCUAAGAAGCUGUAAUUAAGUGGUAGAGGAUCUUGCCUUGCCAGCAGGCAUCUUCUGGCAAGUGUGGAAGAGACUCCUACCUCAAACUCCACAGAGCCACUGCCAGUCAGGUAAUACUGAGCUGGGUAGACCCAGUUCUCUUUGAAAGGCAGAUUCCUAUGAAGCAGAGAAGAAGGAACCGGUUUGAGGGGGAAGCUGGCCCAGCCUGAGCCAGAUCAUCUCAUGAAGAAGGAGGACAGAGAGGACCCUGCCAACCCUGACUUUGGGGAGAGAGACCCCACAACAACUGCCUUGAGAAGACUGAAUAGGUCUGAUGAUAAUAAUAAUAAUAAUAAUAAUAAUAAUAAUAAUAAUAAUUUAUUAUUUAUACCCCACCCAUCUGGCUGGGUUUCCCCAGCCACUCUGGGCUGCUUCCGACCUAAUAUUAAAAACAAUACAGCAUCAAACGUUAAAAACUUCCCUAAACAGGGUAGUAGUCUUUUAAAAGUAAAAUAGUUGCUUAUUGCCUUGACAUCUGAUGGGAGGGCGUUCCACAGGGCAGGUGCCACUACCGAGAAGGCCCUCUGCCUGGUUCCCUGUAACCUCACUUCUCGCAGCGAGGGAACCGUCAGAAGGCCCUCGGUGCUGGACCUCAGCGUCCGGGCUGGACAAUGGGGGUGGAGACUCUCCUUCAGGUAUACAGGGCUGAGGCCGUUUAGGGCUUUAAAGGUCAGCAACAACACUUUGAAUUGUGCUCGGAAACGUACUGGGAGCCAGUGUAGGUCUUUCAAGACCGAUGUUAUGUGGUCUCGGCAGCCACUCCUAGUCACCAGUCUAGCUGCCGCAUUCUGGAUUAGUUGUAGUUUCCGGGUCACCUUCAAAGGUAGCCCCAGGUAGAGCGCACUGCAGUAGUCCAAGCGGGAGAUAACUAGAGCAUGCACCACUCUGGCGAGACAGUCUGCGGUCAAAGGGGAGACUUGCAGGUUUCAUGAAGAGACCUCAACCUUCUUUAGCUGUGAUUCCUGCAUGGGGUUGGGCUCGAUGACGCACUGGAUCCCUUCCUACUCUAGAGUUCUUGAUUCAUCCCCAAAUGGUCAGCCCUGCUUUGCCUGACCCUUCAGAAUUCAAGGCUGCCUUCAAUCACUUAGCUAGUACUGUGGCUUGCAAUACCUAUAAACUGCUGUAUCUCAGGCCCACGGAGAUAGGGUAAAUUAUUUGUAUGGUCCUUGGUUGGGUGUUAUUGGAGAAGAGAGAGCAACAUGCCCAUGGCCACCUGACAGUCUGCCUUGAUGCUCCAGCCCAAAGGAAUGUAAGAAACUGGGCCAUUGCCUGGCAGCUGCCCUCCAAGAUUUCAGGCAGGGGUCUCUUCCAACCCUACCUGGAGAUGCUAGCAGGAAGUGAAUCUGGGACCUUCUGCUUGCCUGGCAAGUGCUCUAACCACUAAGUUAUGGCCCCUUCCCGGGUCUGUCCUUCUCUGCAGAAGCUCUGCAGCUCCUCGCAGAAGACUCUGGGAAGUCUGCAAGCUGAAAUUCCUCGUGCAAACUAAAGUUAUUUGAAGGCACUUGUGCACUUGACCUGCCUGCUUUCCUUUUCUUGCAUGCUCAAGAGUUCUCUUCACUCCCCGAAAUUCUCCCUUUCCCUCUGCAGGCUGGAGACGAAAGUUUGUGGGAAUUAGAGGAAGAUGCUAAGUAAGAGUCAGGAGACUAGGCAACUGUACUCAGCAAAGGCUCUGACUUAAAUCACAUCGAAAUUCUCUUGAGUUUCUAAGUGGUUAAGGGAAUUGCUUGUUUUCAGACAACAAAGAUCAUAAACUCCACCUUUAUUUAAGUAAUUUGCUUGAGUUGCACAUGUUUUCUGCCCUGCUUUGUAUUCUGUGGGACCACAACAGCCGUACGAACACCUUUCCUGGGGCUGCUUGUAAUCUGUCCACACAGUGUGCCCAUAGUUUCAAUCGCAAUCUUGUUCAUCUGGUUACGAAACAGCAGCUUUGCUUCUCCUUCCUUUGCAGGUGCUCCAGCGUGAGACUCAUUCGCUAACUACUGUCCAUUUCUUUCUUCUCCCUAGAUCAAAAGCCCCCAUGUCUAGAGUGCCUGAAUGCGAAGAGGAGGUGAUGGACUUCUGCAGGUAACCACCACUGAUGGCCCCUGGCUGUGAAGCUGGGCUGGGUUCUCAGGGACACACACACACACACACACACACACACACACACACACAUUAUGGUAUUAUUUACUUAUAGGCCACCCUUUGGCCAAAAAAGACACCCCAAGGCGGCUCACAAACAAUGCAAAUGCAAACAUGCCAGUGCAAACACAAUAAUUCAAUAAAAAUCAGACUAAAUCUGAAUAUUCCAAACAGCAAAUACAACAUCCAGAAAGGCAACAGAUUAUUCCCUGUGAAAUUAGCAAGAAUUAGCACUUAAGCAGCAGCUCCUCCUUAUAUAGGUCCAAGGCAGGUGGAACAAUUGGUGCCCCCAAUGGUUCCAGCAGAGAUUAAUCACGCCACUAUGACUGCUACCUGCUUCUCAGGUCCAGAUAUUGAUUGGUUGUGUGGAUUCCCUAGCCCAGUGGUUCCCAACAUAAACUCACCCCCAGCGCUCCUCCCCUAUAAAAAGCAUUGUUCAUAAUAGUGGUUUGCAUGACCCAGAAAGGAAGAUAAUAGCACAAUUAGCAUUCAAGACAGUAAGAAAUUAUUUACACGUUUGUUCAGAAUCCAAUUCAAACUAUUCAGUUUAAUCAAUUCGACAAAACUGGUGAACGAUCCAGUGAUGCCAACUUGCAAAGAUAGAUAGUCAUUUAUACCUCAGGUGCCUCCCUGCCCCUCUUGACUCUUAGUGUGCGCACACACACACACACACACACACACCAGGUAAUCCCACCACCCGCUUUGAGAACCACUGAGCUAGACCCAUUUUAAUCCAGCUUUUGGUCUGGACAUGGAACAGAAGCAGCCAGUGUUGUUUUUGGCUGGAUCUAGACACACCCAAAAAAACAUUUCAGGAAAAUGUGUUGUAAGGCUCAUAAUGGGAAAUCAUACUGCCAAAGGAUCAAACUCUAUAGCUCCAUCUGGUGUCACAGUGUUAUAACGCAUUUAAAACGCUUAAAAAAAACAAAAACUAAUGUAGCUGAGUCCCUGGUAGAAGAUCUACUAUAGGAACUGGACAGGGGGAUUCUGUGUGUGUGUGUGUGUGUGUAUCUCUAUUGAUCCCGCUGGACAUGAUAUUCUUCUGGACAACCAGGGUGGGCGAGAUCUGGUGCGGAAAUGGCCUUUGCCUUUCCUAAAGAGGCAGUUCCAGAAGGUGUCGCCUGGGGUUUGUUUGCCCAACACCUUGACUCCCCUUACAAUGCCAGCAAAUACCCCAAGAAAUGUGUCGUGCAUGAUGCUCGUAUCCAGCCUAGUUCCAAUGAUGAUGCCUGGGAGUCUCUGACCUGCUUCUCUUGCUUUCUGCUUGCAGUGUGGACGAGAUGCAGUUCUACGAAGAGCACCGGCCUUCUCUGGCCCAGGUAAGGAAUUUCUCCAGGCUGCUUCAGUUCAAAAAAACUACUCUGUCCCCUCCUGAUCAUGAGCAGAAAUGAACACCUGAAAAGGGCUUAGUCAGCCAGAUGGCUGGAACUGCAGAACCACCUCCAAGCAAGAAGGCCAUUUGCCUUCCAAGGAAGCUAGACACCCCAUGGUGGUUAUCACCAUUAGAAGCGUUGUCAGUGAAAAAAAUAAAUAUGGGAAAAGAAUGGCCAACAUAUAGAGAACUGUUAAUUGAGGAGGGAAAUCAACUGAAAGUAAAAAAAUAAACUAAAAUGAGGAUAUAAGACAUUUGUUAACUGAUGGGCUCCAAUAUCAUCAAUUAAAUGACCUUUUUAGAUUGAACAAAGGAGUCGCCUUUUUAGACUGAACAAAGUGCAGAAAGAACUGUUAAAUAAUAAUGGAAAAGUUCUGUCAAAAAUGUAUAAAUUGUUGCUGGAACGGGAAGCAAAAGAUUAGGAAGUCUGUAACGAAACAUUGGGCAAAAGAUGUGGGAUAGAAUAUACAAUUUGCUUCAUGGGAGAAGUUAUGGAAUAAGGACUUGAAAUUUACAGCUUGCUGUAUGUUAAAAGAGAAUUAUAUGAAGAUGGUGUGUAGAUGGUAUUUGACUCCUACAAGACUAGCGAAAAUGUAUAAGAACACGACCAAUGUAUGCUGGAAGUGUAAUGUUAAAGAAGGUACAUUUCACCACAUGUGGUGGACUUGCAAAAUAGCUAGACAACUCCUCCCUGAAGAGCAAUGAGUGUUGCCUGGUGCCCCAUCCCUCAGCACUUUGCCUUAUUUAUUUAAUAUCAUAAAAUUUCAGGCAGUGGAAAGAGUACUGCCUGAUGUCAAUAAGCAGGGAGUUCCAGAGUUCAGGGGCCACCACACGGAAAAAAUCAAGUCCUUACAAUUGCGGAAUGAGACUUCUUGUCCCCAGGUGGACAGGAGGGGACUUUGCUGCUGAUGGUUUGACUUCAGCUGAGGUCUGCUUUGCUCCCCCAUCCCAGGAGGCCUUCCCAGGGCUGAACCAUCCUGCCUGCAAAGUGGGCAUUCAGGUGAAGAUCGCCAACAGCCCUUCAUCUCUGGGCUUCCAGAAGGCAGCGAUCAUUAUGGUGGCAAUUGAGAGGAUGAAGAAGAAGAAGUCCUCCAAAGCCAGGGCACUUUUCACAGAUGACGACCUGAUGGACAUCAUCAAUUCCGUCUUAGGUACAGUAUGGGACACCAGCUGGCUGCCAUAUUGGGUGUGAUCCCGAUGGGAAUCCCCAGCAAGGAGUGUAGAGACACUUCCUGCAGCAGGAGGUAGUUGAAGGACAAAGCACUUUAUUCCAUUUGUUGGCCAAGCAGACCCAACUGGAAGCUGCUGUCGUGUCGCUGUUCUUUUCCGCCAUCCCUCUGGCUUUAGAGGAAAGCAACAGCCUUUGGACUGCAGGACCCUUCAAAAUAAUAAUAAUUAUUUAUUAUUUAUACCCCGCCCAUCUGGCUGGGUUUCCCCAGCCACUCUAGGUGGCUUCCAACUGAAUAUUAAAAACAAGAGAGCAUCAGACAUUAAAAACUUCCCUAAACAGUUUCCUUUGAGGUGGAUCAGGGACACACAGAGGCCAUGAUCUCUUCCUGCUUGCCUAAACACUUCUGGGAGUUAGCACUGAAUAAGAUGUGGGCAAGGGACACAGGUGACGCUGUGGGUUAAACCACAGAGCCUAGGGCUUGCCGAUCAGAAGGUCAGCAGUUCGAAUCCCUGCCACGCGGUGAGCUCCCAUUGCUCAGUCCCUGCUCCUGCCAACCUAGCAGUUCAAAAGCACGUCAAAGUGCAAGUAGAUAAAUAGGUACCGCUCCAGCGGGAAGGUAAAUGGCGUUUCCGUGUGCAUCCCUUUAAGAUGUGGGCAGGGGCGGAGGAAGGGGCGGGGGGCGGGCCGCCCCGGGUGUCACCACUGAGGGGGGUGACAAAAUGCUGGGUGGCACUCACCACAUGGCCUGCAGCGCGCCCAAGCCACGCGUCUCUCCUGGGAGUGACACAGUGGCUUGGGUGCCCGUAGGCUCUGCAUUGCCCCAAAUGGUCCGCCUGCCGCCUCCCCCUCAGCUAUAGGGCGGCUGAGUGGGAGGAGGCAGGCAGACUCCUCAGAGGCCCCAUGGAGCAUCCUGCCCUGGCUCGCCCAGCCCCACAGGCAGCUGGCCCCACUCCUGGGCGCAGGGCAUGCACACCACCCCAGGCGCCCAAUUGGCUUGCUCAACCGCUGGAUGUGGGGGCAAAAAGAAAGAACAGCUCUGGCUUGGUAAGGGUGGGGGCAGCAGCAGGUGGGCUGUCACUGCUAAAGGAACCCUGCUAUCCAACUUUUGUUUAAAAGCCUCCUAUGAAGGAGAGAGCUCCCCACCUUCUGAGAUCAUACGUUCCACCAAAGGACAGCUCUUACUGUUGCGUUGCAAGUGGCAGGUCUUGACCCAGAGUGUCUUUUCCUCUUCAGAACCAGUUGACUUUGACACCUGCGAAUGCACCUAUGCCACAGAUCCCAUCUACCACCUCAGCAGGAGCAUCUCCUGCAACAUCAGAGACGUCAACCAGAAGUCCCUUGUCCUGAACGGGACAACCCAGCUGGUGGCCUUGGAGCUCCAACAGGCGGACAUCAGCAAAGAAGGUAGGAACCCCCAUCCUUGAUGUUCCUCACCAGCCAUCUCCUACGGGUGGCCAGUCCUAGCUGGGCUGAAACGUUUCUUGCUAUUAAUCCUGUCUCCUCACAUUUUGCAGCGAGGGUGAAAAUGUACGUCUAUCGACCAAAAAUAGAAGAAGGCGUAGCGAAGAUCCCCAUCGCCCUGAAAAUCAAAGGGAAGGAGCUGUACCUGUCUUGUGUGCAGAGCGGAGACCAGCCAGCACUUCAGCUGGAGGUGAGAGGCUCCUUCACAGCUUAUGCUUCUGGUUACUGGAAAUCCCAAGAGGAGGGAGAGCUCUUGUGCUUAGAUCCUGCUAGCUGGUUGCCCACAGUGAGAACAGGAUACUGGACUAGGUGGACCAUUGGCCUGGUCCAGCAGGUUCUUCUUUCGUUGUUGCGAUGGUCAGAGUAAAUAGCUCAGGACCGCAGUACCUAAAGGACCGCCUCUCUCCAUACGAACCCACCCAGACCCUGAGAUCAUCUUCCGAGGCCCUUCUUCACGUGCGUCCUCCUUGAGAGGUCCGGGAGGAAGCAAUGCAAGAACGGGGCCUUUUCUGCAGUGGCUCCCGAUUUGUGGAAUGCUCUCCCCAGGGAGGUUCACCAGGCACCUUCAUUAUCCACCUUUAGGCACCAGGCAAAAACAUUCCUCUUUAACUAGGGCUUUGGCCGAUUGACAUCCAGUGCCCUUUAAAAAUGUGUUGAGGAGGGGGCGGUUUUUGGGUUGCUCUUGUUUUUACUGUUUUUUUGUUGUGGUUUUAUGUUGUGAACCACCCUGGUGUUGUUGUGGAGCUAGCGUAGGCGCUUUGGAAAGUGGAUUUCCUUAGAUGUAAUCUCACCUUUUCCACCUGCAGGAGGCCAGCAUCGAAGGAGACCUCGACAAAUCCGACAAAGGACGCUUCCUCUUCUACAGAGUUGCAGUUGGGGACUACAGCAGGUUUGAGUCAGCUGCCUUUCCUCAGUGGUACAUCUGCACAUCUGCCCAGGUCAACAAAGCUGUCAGCGUGACAAACCGGAUUGGGGAGGUCUCCAUCGUGGAUUAUAUUGUCACAUAA